AUACAUGGGGACGCUGCCUAUCCAGGACAAGGAGUUAACCAAGAAUGCUUGACUUUGAGCAGAACACCACAUUUUGAAAUUGGUGGUGCAAUUCAUUUGGUAAUUAACAAUCAGUUAGGUUUUACAACUCCAUCUUCGAGAAGUCGAUCAUCAAGAUAUUGUACGGAUUUAGCAAAAAGUAUAUCUGCACCUAUAAUUCAUGUGAAUGGCGAUCACCCUGAGAUGAUUGUACGGGCUAUAAGAAUAGCCUUUAAAUAUCAAAGACAGUUUAGGAGAGAUGUUUUUGUUGAUCUAAAUUGUUUUAGAAGAUGGGGUCACAAUGAAUUGGACGAUCCCGUGAUCACUAAUCCUCUUGUGUAUAAAAUCAUACAGAAUCGAACACAAUGCAACCGUAGAUUGUGUCUUGGUGACCCGCGAUUAAUGCUCCGAAAACUUCAAACACAAGAAGCCCGUAAUAAAUUUGCGGUCUCCAGUCCAAUCUAAAUCAGUAUAACCGACUAGAAUUAUGUUAUUUCUGUAAUAAAACAAAGAUUAAUAUAUCGUGAA